CACCAGAAGUAAACGCCAAGCUCCCGCUUCUCUUUGGGGAAUUACGUUACCAUAGUGAUGCACAGUGCUGACUGGGAGAGCACGCUCGUUCUUUUGCAAGCUCACGCACGAGGCCUUCUGGUGAGGGCGGAGUUACGUCGUGCAAGGUCGGACUUUGAGGAGGUCGUGAAAGAGAUAGAUGGCACUUUGGCCCACUUGGGGUGGAGGGAUGCCAUCAUUCCCAUCCCCCAUUUCACAGACACGGAUGGCCCCCUAUGCAGGAUAGAUCCAGGAUCAGAUACCACCACCUGCUCACAGAACCCAGCAGCAGGAGAUGCGGCUCCAUUGUCGGAAUUUAGAGGAGAAAGUCACCGUCUACGGACCACAGAAGUGCAGAGAGACAGCUUGGGAAUAAAACAAGAAGCUAGGGGGUGUUCACAAAGCAGCCACGUUCUUGAGACAGUUCAGAACUUGAGCUCUGAUGAGGUUCUGGAGAGCACAUUGGACUCCACCUCAAUCUGGAGUAGUAUGGACAGCCUUCCUCUUCAAGGUCGGCCGCGGUACCGCUCGGCCCAGGAGGUGCCCGCUGAUCCCAAGUCCCUGCGAUGCCAUAGAGACGCCCUGACCAUGGAGCUGCUGUGGCUGCAGCAGGCCAUCGACAGCAGGAAAAAGUACUUGUCUCUCAAGGACAAACUGAGCAUGUAUUGAAGUGGACCUUGCUGUGCAAAUGUGUGCAUCAAUUUACUGUCAACAAAUUGCCUCCGUUUUCUUAAACGAAAUGGCUGAAUUGUACAUUUUGUAUUUUAUAUGUUAAUGUAAAACAUGAAUAAACAUAUUUUCUUACUAUGGUG